AUGGCUCGCCUCUCUCGCUGCCUCGUUGCCUCGCUCGCUCUCUUGCCUGCCUUGUCGGGUGUCGCGCUCGCUGACCACCCCGUCGCGCGCGACUCGGGCUUCCGCCUCGCGCUUCGUCGCCGCCAAGACAACUCGACGUCGACGGUGGCGUCUGUCUCGCUCGACUCCGCCGCAGCUACGGCGAGCGCGAGCGUCUCUCCCACCGAAUCUAGUGGCCAGUCCGCGACAGACGCGAGCAACGCGACGGCCAGCCCGACCAGUGCCGCCGUCGACUCGAACGCGUCCUACCCACCUUCGACCGCGACCGACUCGGCUGGUCUCGUCGGACCGACUGGCUCGGCCUCGACGUACGCUCAGGGAUCUGGCGGCGAGUCGAGCUGCGCCGGCGGAGGAGGCGGGUCAAGCGUCGGCGGCGGGGUCAGCUCGAGCAGCGACUUGACUGUCCUCCAGCUCGCUUACGUCCUCGAGUCGCUCGAGUCGACCCUGUACUCGCGCGCCUUGUCGACCUUCUCGACGAGCGACUUCGUCGAUGUCGGUCUCUCGCAGGUCGUCGUGGUCAUCAUUAUCGAGCAAAUUGGGUCGUUCCUCCGAGAUGAGCAGGCUCACCUCAAGGCCCUCGAAAGCGCCAUCAUCGCCCUCGGCGCGCAGCCAUUCCAGGGUUGCAGCUUCAACUUUGGCAAGGCCCUCAGCGACCCCCUCGAGUUCCUUGCCGUCGCAAGGGCUGUCGAAGCGGUCGGACAAGGCGCCUACCUCGGAGCUGCCCACCUCGUCUCGGACCCGUCGCUCCUCACGGCCGCCGGCUCGAUCCUCACCGUCGAAGCGCGCCACCAGUCGUUCCUCAACCUCCUCUCGGGCGGAACCUUCGAGGCGCAGUCGUUCGACCUUGCGUUCUCGCCGGCUCAGGUGCUCGCACUCGUUGGUGGCUUCCUGCAGGGUUGCCAGGCUAGCGACUUCGGCUUGACCGCCAACCAGCCUCUUUCUGUCUUCGACGGCGGCUCGGGCCUCAGCGCUUUCCUCGUCGGCUCGCGCAUCGAGUUCAUCACGAUUGUCCAAAUCGACGUCCAGGUCCUGUUCUGCCAGAUGAUCAUCGGCGGCGCCCCCGUCGCGCUCGUCUUCCCCGCUCACAGCUGCAUCGUUCCGUCCGGCAUCAGCGGUCCCGUCUCGGUCUACCUGACGAGCACGAGCCAGCCUCUCGCUUCGAACACGAUCAUCCAGAACACGGCCGUAAUCGUCGCGGGCCCGGCGCUCGUCUUCAUUGACGUGCAGGUCACGCUGCUCUCGUCGCUCUUCUCGUCGUUCUCGCACGGCAACGGCAGGUACGGACCGAGUCGCUCGCUGCCGUCGGCCGACUUGGGAGGGUAUGCUGUCCGCGCCGUCAAGGAAGGUAGCUCGUCCACCUGGGGUUCAUCCGUCGCCAGCGCCAGCAAUGCGGUGUCGACGUCGCCUUCGUACCGCCUCGACCGCCGCCGCAAGAACAAGGCCCGCACGCUCUUCGAGGACUUGUCCUCCUGA